UUAGCCUUAUUUCUCUCUUCCCGACUUCUAUACGAGAGUUUGCACCUAAUUGCAUCGUAUCGCAUCGCCUCGCCGUUUCGACCUAAUUGCAUCGCAUCGCCGUUUUGACCUAAUUGCAUCGCAUCGCCGUAUCAACCUGAUCGGAUACAAAAGAAUUCACCCUGAUACGUACACCGCAGUCAUAUCUCCAUUCGUCUCUCCUUCUCCAUUCAUCGCAUCUACCAUUUCUGGUCAUUGCGUUUCUGUGGCUGUGAAUUUCUAUGAUUUGUCUUUUGACAAAUCAUAUUCGUCUCUCCUUCUCCAUUCAUCGCAUCUACCAUUUCUGGUCAUUGCGUUUCUGGGUUGAAAAAAUAUAUGAUGCCAUUCGAGGAAGAAUUCUGAAAGAAGUUGGAAGCCCUGAACUGGAGAGUGGUGCUGUUAAUGCUGCUCUAGAUCUUUAUGAUGUCAUUCCAUUCCCUUGUCUAUUCCAAAUUUCCAUUUCAUCAUUUUCUCAUACACCUUUAAACUCUUUGCACGUUGUCCACUGUAAGGCCGGAAUGGCCAGAAUAGGCUUAGUGAUUUCAUAUAUUCUUUUAUAUCUCGAGCUUUUCCCUACCGCUGAAGAGUCUAUAUCAUAUUAUAACCAAAAAAUGUGUCUGAACUCAGCAGUGAGCAGCAGGUCCAGCACCACCAACUCCAAAAUCGGUAGUGGAAUUGUAUGUCUAACACAAUACUCCAUUUGGAUCCGAGAGAUACUUUAUGUGUUUGUUACACAUGUUGCUGGAAGAUUUAACUGUUUAAGUGAAGCUACUAAGCAGGAGACAGCUGCAAAAAUCUUGAAAUGCUUGAAAAACAUCAUGACCAUUAUUCUUGUGCAGAGCCUACAUGUGAGGAAGGUUAGAAGCAAUGUUACUUAAAGCAAAGGGCAUAGGCUAAGGCUGAAAAAGCCCCCACUAUGGAAUGGAAUGUGGCCAUUACAGAGGAAAUGUGAUUCCUUCCUUUUUGUUAAUUUUCAUUCCAUCAUGGAAUGGAAUGAAAAAUUGCAAUAUAACCCAUUUUUAACUAUGUAGUUUUUAGUGAUUUAGAUCUUUGUAAAAGAAAUUUCCUUCUUUUAGCUUCUUUUUUUAUAAGUAGAGAACAAUUUAUAUAUUGUGGGUUUGUUUAAAUUUGAGAACAAAUGG